AUGUAUAAGACUUGGUUGUUCAACAACAAGAAAAAGAAGGAAAGGAAGGACAUGAUAAAGUAUGGGAGGAAAUGGACGCCUAGGCAGGUGAUCUACCAGCAGAACAGAGAGGAAGUGCUAAAGAGGAUCGAGGACAAGUCCAGGGCAAAGCCAGGAGGUCAAGACAUGUUCAAGCAUUAUCAAGCUGUGGUGAAGAAGGUCAUGGCCAAAUUGUCCAAGGAUGAGUUGGAGAAGGCAAAAGAAACCACCGAAGAAUGGUCCAACAACUUUCCUCCUCCUGAGAUACAGGUGCAAGUUGCCCAUAAGAAGGGACCUGUAUAUAUGGAGCACUUUUCAAAUGAGAUGUGGAGACAAUGUGGGAUGAGAGUGUUUGUGUUGUCAGCUUGGAAGAGCUGUUCGGGAUGUCAGCAUGAUGAUAAUGAGGCAUUAGGGGAUGGGGACAGCUUCAUGAAGAUGAAGGACUGGGAGGACAUAGAGCCAGUUUGGCAGGAGUACACGCAGGAACAGUUUGGUGCCGAGGCACAGGAUGGAGGAUGA